AUUUUUCACUAUGGCCUCUAUGGCGGAAAACAACCGCAAGGAGUUCGAUUUCUUUAUUCUGUAAAUAAAUUUUGUUGAUGAAUUGAAAUUGAAAGAAAAAACCUUCAAAGAAAACCCAAGUAGUGUAUGUGCUUAAAAGUAAAUCCCAAUAUUUAAUUGCAAUUAGGCGGAUAUUGCAUAAGACUUAUUCGUAAUUCGUAUUCGUAUAUUCGUCCAUCUGUUCCGCCGUCGCCGCCGCAGAUGCAAUUUCAUUUUGCAGCAGCACCAGAGUAUAAAGUGUUUCCGUUUAUCCGAUUCGUAGUUCGUCUUCGUUUUCUCGUCUUUGCAUUUUUGCCUUCGCAGUCGCAUUCGCCUUCGCAUUUCGUGCGUGGACUGUGAAAGUGCCCCCAUCUCAAAUUGGAAUUCUGAACUGAAGAAGCCCAAAAGUUCCCGAGUCCCAAAAAAUACCUAAUCAAAAACUCGAAAAACUGAACUUUCUUUUACGUCGUCGUCUUUUUUUGUUUUUCGUGCUAUUGAUGAAUUUUUCAAAUGCUUGUUUCGAUUGUUAAUGAACCAAUGGAAAAUCUUUAUAUUUCAGAAAUGGAUACCCCAUCGGAAGAAUGCUCAAAUUUUGCUGUUUACGACAAAACACCAAAUUCAACACAAAAUAAAUACAACCUUGUCAUUCGUCCAAACUACACAGUUGAGAAGGUCUUCCGCGAUGUAUCGAUACAGUUUCCAUAUGAUUCAUAUGACCUGAUCAUGCAACCUAUCGAUGAGAAGGAUUCUAUGAUCUAUUUAAACGACAUCAAAUCAAAUAAAGUGGAAGAAAUACCCGGCUUUGUACCACAAGCUAAGAAUUUUCUAAUUAUUCUGCCACCUGGUGAGUGGGAGAAGAGUUCGAAAGAACGUUUCGAGAUCUCCUUAGGUCCUGUUCAUCAACAACAGCGUAAAUUUUCGAUGGUUACGAUGACCGAUUCGUUGAAUCUAAGCCCCAUGACACCGGACCCUGUUUCGGAUGACGAUUUGGCUCUGGGCGCCUCAGCUAGUCCCACGGAAUCAGAUCCCAUAAACGGUACAUCUAUGAUGCUUCUGCCAAUAUCUAGUCCGAACAAUCACACGCAAAUUGGUCCUAUUACUCAAGAGAGUUUCGAGGCAAAUGAGAGUAACCGCUUGAAGUCCUAUUCGCGUCCUUCAGAUAUGGAAUAUGGAAGUCUAGUCAGCCAACAUCAACCACCGGCAGCGGCUUAUGUAGGACUUGUCAAUCAGGCGAUGACGUGCUAUUUAAAUAGUUUAUUGCAAGCUCUGUACAUGACUCCUGAGUUCCGCAACGCGCUUUAUCGUUGGGAAUUCGACAACGACAAUGAGGCGAAGAGUAUUCCGUAUCAGUUACAGAAACUGUUUCUAAAUUUGCAAACAUCAAAGAAAGCAGCUGUAGAAACGACAGAUCUCACUCGAAGCUUUGGUUGGGAUUCUCGAGAGGCCUGGGAACAACACGACAUUCAGGAGAUGUGUCGUGUCAUGUUCGACGCCUUGGAACACAAGUUCAAAAAUACAAAACAAGCACACUUGAUAAGCAAUCUGUACGAGGGAAAAAUGAUAGACUAUGUCAAGUGUCUGGAAUGUAACACCGAGAAGACACGUGCUGACACUUUCCUUGAUAUCCCCCUGCCGGUCCGGCCGUUCGGAAGCUCAGUUGCUUAUGGCAGCAUUGAAGAAGCCCUUCGAGCUUUUGUUCAACCAGAAACACUCAACGGAAAUAAUCAAUAUUUCUGUGAGAAGUGCAACAAGGAGUGCGACGCCCACAAAGGCCUUAAGUUCAAGAACUUCCCAUACAUCUUGACGUUGCAUUUGAAGCGUUUUGACUUUGACUAUCAAACAAUGCAUCGUAUCAAAUUAAAUGAUAAAGUUACCUUCCCACAAACCCUGAAUUUGAACACGUUUAUAAAUGCCACUGAUGCUCAGACAUUCAGCAACUUGAACAACGUCCACAUGAAUGGCUUCGCUUCGACAUCAAAUAACGAUGACUGCAGCACAACAGACAGCGGUUCAGCGAUGGAGGAUGAUAGCUGCAGUGGAAUAGCAACCACUGCCAAUUCUAGUCAGCACGAGAACGAUAUGCAGGAGGACGAUGAAGGCAUUGAUAUGAGUACGAGCACGGAUAAUCGAACUAACGCUUCAGUAUCGCUGGCCUCGAAGAACGACAGUGGUCCUUAUUUGUAUGAAUUGUUUGCAAUUAUGAUUCACUCAGGAAGUGCAUCUGGAGGUCAUUACUACGCUUACAUCAAAGAGUUUGAGAACAAUGAGUGGUUCUGCUUCAAUGACCAGACAGUGUCGCCUGUAACCCAAGAAGAUAUACAAAAAUCGUUCGGUGGAAGCGCAACCAAAGCAUACUACACGAGUAUGUACAGCUCAAGUACAAACGCCUACAUGCUUAUGUACCGCCAGAUUGACCCAAAGCGUAAUGAGCGUGCUACCAAAACAGAAGAUUUCCCCGAGUACUUAAAUGCACUAUUGCCAAAGCUAAAUUGUGAAGAAGAAGCACGUCAUUCUCGCCACACCGAACUGGCUCUUGAAAGCAGAAUAAAACCACGCGUCUACUUCUACAAUCCUAAACUGAAGAAGUUGAAAGUAACUCGAGUGUAUGUUUCUCGUUCAUUUGAUUUGAAAUUCAUCCUCGAGUCGGCCUACCAGAGUUUGAUGGUUGAGCAGUUCGCACCCGUAUCUCGCUGCAGAUUGGUGGCUUAUGACGAAAAAAUCAUUCGUAGUUACGAAAAGGAUGGCGACCAUCAACUGUAUCCCUCGUCGGACUAUUUACUUGAGUGGAAAGGUGAAAACGAUGAGUUCGAGACGUACGAACCUGGCGGCGUAACUCUGCAAGCUUUCAAAGUUAAUCUAGAUUCAAUGGAAGUAGAUGGGCCACAUUUGGUGUAUUGUUCGACUUUUGAGGCUAGUGAUGCUUUGAAAAAAUCGGUAGCAAUUCGGUUGGGUCUGAAGGAGAAUGAGGUGCUCUUAGCCACCACACCUGGCCACAAAGUCUAUGUAGCAACAGACCCCAAUGCAUCGCCGGAAGCUCAAGAUAACUUCAGGAACAUAGUGAAGAAAAUGUUCUCAAAGUUGACAUACUUUUUCCUCACGGUGCCCAACACAGACCCUGACAGUUUGGAAAUCAUGAGUAUUCCUCAAUACGAUGCCCAGAAUGGGGUCGAUGUUGUGGAUGCUGUUCUCAUGAAUGGAGACGCUUCGUCCGAAUACCACCGUCGCGAAUCACCCCUGCCACCCACAACGACAGAGAGCAACAGCGAAGACAGCAGUCUAAGCGAUGGUGAUCGUACUUUGGUAGACACAAACGGUGCAAUGUCCAGUACAAGCCACUCUCCCCAGCUAUCCAGUCCCGAUGAAUCCGAAUCUCCGGAAAUGUUCCACAAAAUUAACUCCAUUCUUGUAGAUGGACCUCGGAUAUCGACGGCGGAUGAAACAGCAGCACAAAACUUGUACUUCUUCGCAGACAAAAUCGAUGCCGAUCCUCCCCCUUCUGCCUUGAAUGGAAAUCAGGAGGACUCGGAAGACUGCAAUCGCAAACCUGCGGUGAUGUACAAGGUGAUUGUAGACUCGGGCAUGAAAAUGGCUCAGUUGAAAAGGCAUCUGGAGGCUCUGAUCCGCGUCCCAGGAAAUUACUUCAAAGUCACUAGAAAAUACGACACCACAGCCCCCAUUUACCCAUCGCAUACAUUACUUUUCCUGAACGAGGGAGAGAUGUUGAUUGCUGAGUUGGGAAAAAUCCUGCAAAAUGACGAGCAUAAGGCUAAGGUGUACUUCAUGAGAUUGAGUGAGCUCAACAACAACACAGGGAAGUUGCCAUGCGUUUGCGAGUGGAUUUUCAAGCAUGGGAUGACAGUAAGGGAUGCGAAGAAGCAACUGGUUGCUCAAUUGCAUCGGAUCGAUGCUGCUAAAUACAAGACUUUGACUGUGGAUAAUUGCCGAUUGUGGAUCAAAGGGGGCAGGAACCCCGUGUAUUUCUUGAACGACGACGAGCUGCUGGGAACUGAAGGAAGUUCCGCAAUAUCAUCAGAGUUUUUAAUACAAGAAUGCGAAGACGGUAUUCCUCCAGCGACAAGUGAUAGUAGCUUGACAAUAUUUGUCAGACGCUGGUAUCCUGACGUAUUAGAGUUGGAUAAAUUCCAAGAAAUCACACUAGAAAAACACACUGAUAUCAAGCAAAAACUAGCUUCAAUAUCUGAUAUUCCGGAGGAGAACAUAGCGUUUGGCAAAGUAAACUCUUCCUUCCCAUGUACAAAUAUCUCCAUGGUUAGUAUCAACACCACAAUGAGAUGGUACACUAACCCAACGACCAUGGACAAAGAACCACUCUCAACGACAGUUAGUGGAAAUGUUUUUUUCUACAAGGAUGAUUCUGUGCAACUCAAAGUACUGACCAUGGAAGAACGACGAGAAUUCAACUUGAAAGAAAAGAACAGGUUGGACCGUCUGGGGUGUCCGUCAACGACAUUGUAUUCACCACGCAGAGAACGUGCACUUAAGAUUCACUUAGAUUUGUCCCCAAAAAACCCAAGCAGUAGUAGUGUAGCCUUGAAGACGGCUGAAGGCGCAUCGAGUAAGCUAGCAGACGAAUAAAGCUCCAACAUGAACAUGAACUUGAACAACAAUAAAACAAGUUGCUGUUGCUGCCAGGAGUAUUGCAAAUAAACUUGGUUUUUUACUCAUCACAUUGCUGGACGUUAGUUACCAAAAAUAUUAACCACAAACAAAACAGCACCACGCAUGCAUGAAACCAUCAUCACCAAAUAAAAACGCGCACCACUCAAAUUUAGGGCAUUAGUUACUAAAACGCUCAAUGUUUGUUAAAGAGCGUUCGAGCGACCCAAGCAGAGUCUGUGGUUAGAUGUAAAAUUCAUAAAAAAACAACUCUUAGCUUAAAUAAUGAGACUGUUAAAGUUAUUAUUAAACAAAUUAUUAUUCUCUUUUUCCUUAAACAAAAACAAACAAAAUUAAGUUCUUUUGCAAGAACAAAACAUGUCCGUCUAUGUUUUUAUUUCGUUUUUUUUUCUUUGUUAGAAUAGGUACGCAUUUUGGCCUUUGAACAAUAUACACUCUUAACAAAUAUUGAAUAACGAAAAGAUUAAUGCUUAACGAAAUAAGAACUAAAAAUUACUUAAAAUAUUUAUGGUAAAAAUAAGAAACACCGCAUGGAACUUACGCAUUUUUGAACUCUCUUUUAUAUUGCGUUUUCCUUACGGCCUCUAUUCAUUAUUUUUCUUUGUUGAGUUUAAAUUAAGUUUUCAGUUUAACGGUAAUAAUAUUUAAACAAAGAUUUAAAAAUUACAAAAACACAAGGCGCCCCCAUUCUCUGGAACGAUACUUAAUUAAAAUUUCAACCUAGGAGCUAGCUAGACAGUUAACUCUGGAGAAAAAGAAUAAUGACGGCGAUUAAGUUGAACUUAAAUGAUUAAGUCUCGUUUCACCAACCGGCUGCAAAUGAUUGAUGUAAGGUUUUAUGUUUCGUCGUUUAUUAUAUUUUUUUUGUUAGUUUAUCUUUACAUUUUACUUUUAAAAAUAUAUUUGUAAAUAAGUUAUUAAAAAAGAAGAAAAUCUGUACCAAUCAAUAAAAUAAA